UCCCAGCGGGAGUCGCAGAGGGAACACCGACGACGGUAUGAGCUCGAGAACUUCAUGGAGAGACUAUUGAGGUUCCUCUCGCUGAGUUUGAAUCGAGUCGGGAUCUCCUCAGGCUAUCCUUUGAAUGAAAGCUCCCGAAAUCGGUGAUCCAUGAAUAGUGAUUCCAACGCUCUCUCCGGAAACGCAAGUGUUUCGAUUCUCUAUAAAAUGCAUUCGAGAUUGACGGAGGAUUCAUUGUCAAAAAUGGCGACCGUAUUUCUUCUGUUGGCGUUCCUCGCGCCUUUGGCUUACUCCGCGCCUCAGUGCAAGAAUCACGCGGGUAAAGACGUCGAAUGGUACGUUAUCUACAAAUUGCCAAAGACGAAGCCGUAUGCGGAGUCGACGUAUAUCCCCGACGGAGGGGAGAUGGCCUAUGUGGAUUCCACGAUGAAAGACGCUAAGGGCUGGAUCCUUCUCAAGGCAUCUGUCUACGACGUCAAAGGAAACCCGGUGGCCGAAACUCUCGGUGAUCUUUUCACCGGCUCUGCUCCGAAAGAUUCUCUGUACGCCGUAUACAGCGAUCAACCUCCAGAGCCCUACACCGGAUCUGCGAAGGGUCAUACCAAGGGAGUUGUCCAGUUCAAUAAGGAUAAAGGCUUCUGGCUGGUCCACUCCGUACCUCGGUUCCCGUUCAACGUCACGUCCAAAACUUACGAAUACCCGGAGUCCGGCAGGAACAAUGGACAGGUGUUUAUGUGUACGUCCUUCAAGGGCAAUCAGCUCCCCAAAGUCGCUCUUGCUCUCCGCCAUCAGUAUCCUUACAUCUAUGAGUCGGGAGCUCCUGAGGAGCUCUUGAAAGACGAUGAUGUCAUCAACAUGAUGGAUAAGAAGUUCCUGAGAAAACCUUCGACGCCCGUGCUCACCGACACUCUGAUUGGAAGCAAAGGGACCGAAUUCACCAGUUUCGCAAAGCAUCAGUCGCUCAAUGACGAGAUCUACGCUAAUGUCAUCGCCCCUCACCUGGGAGCCAACUUGAUCGUUGAAACGUGGAGAAACGGGGCUGGGGGGAAGUUGGACGCCACCUGUCCCAUCAGAGGCCACCAUGUCACCAACAUGGCCAACGUGAUCAUUAAGUUCGCGAACGGAAAACAAUCUGUUUUCACGACAACCGAAGAUCAUGCCAAGUGGGCGGUCUCAGCCGAUCCAAAGAAACCUUGGUUCUGCGCCGGGUCUUUGAAUCGUAUGUUGUCGCAGUACACUCGAGGCGGGCAGACAACGUGCAUCCAAAACAAGCUCCUACAUAAACUUUUCACCGAUUCCGUGGAGAAAUGUCAAGUCUGUGAGGGUGAAAACGAGGAGAAGCGUUACUGCAAAAUCAAAGUUACUGAUGAAUGAAAAAAAUAAACCGCACGCACUGUUAAUGAAC